GCAUGCGCAGUGUGCGCCUUGUGUGUGUGCCUCCUCCCUCCUCCGCGCCCUGUGUUUAUUCUUCUUCUCCUUCUCCUUGAGCGGAGCGUCGUCGUCUGGCAGCGAUGAUGGCGGCGGGGCAAAGCGGAGGCUCCGCGGCCGGAGGAGGCGCCGAAGCCCCGGGCCCCUCUUCGUCCUCCGCCGCCGUCUCCCCGGUGCCUCCUGCCCCCCCGGGCCCUCCUCUUCCUCCGGCGCCGCCGCCGCCUCCCGCCCUCCCUUCGGACUUCUUCGGCCUGGGCUUGCCGGCCCACCUCACCCUCUCCUACCCGGGCGCCCCCUCGGCCUCCGCCGCCGCCUCGGCUUCCUCGGCCGCCUCGGCUUCGUCGUCGCCUCACGCCGGGCGCAGCCUGGAUAAAGUGCUGGAGGAGGCCGGCAGCUCCGGGAUCCUCUGCCUCAGCGGAAGGAAGCUCCGCGAGUUCCCCGCAAACAGCCACGGCGCCGCCCCCGCCGCCCCCUGCGACCUCAGCGACACCGUCCGGGCCGAUCUUUCCAAGAACAGAUUUACUGAAAUUCCUCCUGAAGUAUGGCAGUUUGCACCACUCGAGACAUUGAACUUGUAUCACAACUGCAUCAAAUCAAUCCCUGAAGCUAUUAAAAACCUGCAAAUGUUAACAUAUCUCAAUAUCAGUCGAAAUCUUUUAUCAACGUUGCCGAAAUACUUGUUUGAUCUGCCACUCAAAGUUUUAGUUGUCAGCAAUAAUAAACUUGUCUCCAUUCCUGAGGAGAUUGGCAAGUUGAGAGACUUAAUGGAAUUGGAUAUUAGCUGUAAUGAAAUCCAGGUACUUCCCCAGCAAAUAGGAAAACUGCAGUCCUUAAAAGAAUUAAACUUGAGAAGAAACAAUCUUCAUAUUCUACCUGAUGAGUUAGGAGAUCUUCCCUUGGUCAAGCUGGACUUCUCUUGUAAUAAAAUCACAGAGAUACCAGUCUGUUACAGGAAGCUACGUCACUUGCAAGUAAUCAUCUUGGAUAAUAAUCCAAUGCAGAUACCACCGGCACAGAUAUGUUUAAAGGGGAAAGUGCACAUAUUUAAGUUCCUCAGCAUUCAGGCAUGCCUCAGAAUGGAUAAAAAGCCAGAUUCUUUGGAUCUGCCAUCCCUGGGCAAGAGGAUCCCUUCCCAGCCACUCACAGACAGUAUAGAAGAUUUCUAUCCAAAUAAAAACCACGGCCCAGACUCUGGCAUUGGUAGUGAUAAUGGAGACAAAAGAUUAUCCACAACAGAACCAUCUGAUGAUGACACAAUCAGCCUUCACUCUCAGGUAUCAGAAUCAACACGGGAGCAGACGCUCAGGAGCGACAAUCAAUUAAUAGGAAACAAACCUGAGUUGCAGAAAGAUCCAGAUGUGUGUGAUUACCUUGACCCCAGCUCAGAGGAUGUGGCUUCUUGUGACCAAGGAGAUAUACCAAGUGGACCACCAAUCUCUUAUAUUAAGGAUCGAGGGAAGCAGAUUGAGAAGUCUCAGAAAACAGAACCAAGUGAAGACUGGGGAGAUGAGAAGAGGGUUCAGAAAGAACAGGUGUUAGCAGAGGAAGAUGAUGAACUGAAGGAAGUGACGGACUUAAGGAAAAUAGCUGCCCAACUACUGCAACAAGAACAGAAGAACAGACGAAGGCCAUUAAGCUAUAGAACUUCAUUCAGUGAAAAGCUUUUCCAGAGGACCAGGGUCGCGGGACGCGCAUCAAGACUGCUGAACCACUCCACCUCUUCAAGCACUAGAAAUAGACCAAAACAGGCUGUGGAAUCAGAAAAGAGCCUUUCAGCCGAUGAGGCAAACUCUCCAUCAUCACCGUACGGAUGGCAGUCCCUGGAGAAUCAGAAGGACCAUCCAGAUGAACAGCACUGGCCAGACAUGCAGCCUGUUAUCUGGCAGAACGAGGAAAGGAGACGGAGCAAGCAAAUCAGAAGAGAAUAUUUCAAGUAUAAAUCUUCUCGGAAGAGCUCAAGUGGAAAUGAAAACGACGAGCAAGACAGUGAUAAUACUAAUGUGUCUCCACAGUCUCCUGUCUCAUCUGAGGAAUAUGAAAGGGCAGAUGGCAAUUCUCAUGGCCCUUUUGGACUCAAGCCUAGAUCAGCUUUUGGUCGUUCUCGUCAAGACUACAGUACUGUAGACCCUGGAUUCACAAUGAGGAGGAAAAUGGAGCACUUGAGAGAAGAGAGAGAGCAGAUAAAGCAACUGCGCCAUAACCUUGAGUCGCGGUUGAAAGUUAGUUUGCCGGAUGACAUUGGAGCAGCAUUAAUGGAUGGAGUGGUUCUGUGCCAUUUAGCGAAUCACAUAAGACCUCGCUCUGUUGCCAGUAUUCAUGUCCCAUCACCAGCUGUGCCUAAACUCAGUAUGGCAAAAUGUCGAAGAAACGUUGAAAACUUCCUCGACGCUUGUAAAAAACUAGGUGUCCCACAGGAAAGACUUUGCCUGCCCCAUCACAUUUUGGAAGAGAGAGGUCUUGUGAAAGUUGGACUCACGGUUCAAGCUCUUCUUGAAAUACCUUCCUCUAAAGUAUCACAGCUUUCCUGCCUGUAAUAGGACUCUCCUCAGAGGACAGAUCUUGUUGCCAUGAUGUGUGCUGAUAUGGAUUGAUCCCAACCCAUUCAGCCUCCUCCAGAGGAACAACGCAAGCCAUCAGAAGUCUUCAUGGGGCCAGUUAUUUCAGACUGAGCCUUACUUUGGACAGUGUACCUUUGUGUCAAACUGACAGUUAACCCAGCAUAGUAAAGAAUUGUACUGCUUGCGUGUUUUAACUCAGAGCCAUAAGAGAUUCUGAAAUCAUCAGACUCUCUUUCCAGGUAGUACACACCUUCACUUCUUUCAUUAAUACUCCAUGAUGUCUUUUUCUUUUCUAUUAAAAUAAUAAUAAUCCACAUCAUUCUUUCCAAACAAAACAGCUGCGCUCUUUUAGGCCGUCUCCUAGCCAUGCAGCACACUUUUUAUUGUGUGAGAGAAAAACACCAAAGUUUAGAGAUGUUUACGUGGCUGAGAAAUCCUAACCAGUUACUGGUUCUUUAAUAUCACAUACUCAUCUUAAACAAGGUGCCUUUCUCUUUCUCGUCGCACACAGUGUGGCUUUUGUGUGCGCAUCCAGGACCACAAUAAAAAAGGUCAUAAGUCAGGCAGCUCUUAAAAUCACAUUUCCAUUACAGUUUAAAUUCAUAUCAGUUUUUAUGUACAUUUUCCAAAAGAAAACAAAAUCACUACAGCGUUCUGGCAAAAGCCUAGAUGACGAAUCAUGUAAUUCUUGUUUGUCAGAUCCAAAACGUUUGCUUUUCUUCAUUUCUUGCACUUCUUACUUACUGUUGUACCAUCUCCAAUAUUUUCGUUGGGUGUAUGAUGACGACGACAGAAUAGUAUACAGUAUAAAGGACAAGUUGCGUGGGAUAUUUUUUAUUUUCAGUAUUCUAGGUUGGUGCCAAACUCUUUUGAUUUCAGUUGUACUGUAGAUUGUUUACAUGUGAAGUGCCUGUGUCAUUGAUAACUCUUUUACUAGUCUUAAACCUUUUUGCAAUUCCUUUAUGUCUCAAUAGAUGCAAUGCAUAUUUUUUAAAUAUUAGAGGGUUUCUUUUUGUAAGAUCGGUAAUAUGUGAAGUUUAAAGGACUAACAUCUGAGUGUUGGAUGUUCUUCAGUUUGCACAGUUUGAAUUUGUUAGAUUUGGUUUUUGGGGGGGGGAACAAUGUAAAUAUGCUUUUAUUUAUCAUAUUUAAUUUGAUACCUAAUCACUUUUUAAUGUAUUGUCAGACAACGGAUGUCUCUUUUUUUAAAAAAGAAAUAUUAUUUUCCUCGUCUGGGAUGAACAGUGGCAUAUAGAGUGAUUUAAAAUGAGAAACAUAUGUCAUGCAGAAACGUAUGAGUUAAAGAUGUCAAAGUAAAGCUGCCAAAUAUAUAUAUAUAUCUAUAUCUCAGGUUUAUAUUGUGACUGUCAGGAUUUCACAUCUUGCUCCUGACUUCACUUUAGUCUUCUUUUGUUUUCCUUUUCUUUUCUUAAUCGGAGGAAAUGCCAUAGAGUGGCAAAACCGAAGCUAAAGUCGUUCUGUUCUGCAAUAUUUACAAAAUCUGGUUAACUGGCACAUAUUUGGGCAUGGAGCUGUGGUUGGUAUUUCAAGGGUCCAAAGCGGUUUGGAGGGGUGUUUUGCUUGCUGCCUCACCACCCUUACUAAGCUUGUUAAGGGCAAGGGGGAGACGUAGUUCAACAUCCUAAAAACAGCAGGGAAGGAUGAAGCGGCAGCCUCUUUUCCUGGGCAACCUUCCCAUCCGCCUUGUGGACCAGGACACAACAACUGUGCCAGCUGGUGCUUCAUUCCCUUUGUGGCUGUGAGUUCUUAUAGAGCCAAUUCAUUCUGCAUUUGGCACUGGAAGUGAAGCAGCCCUGAUGCCCCAAAGCCUUGGAGGCCAGUUAAUCCGUCUCCACAGUGAGUCUUCCUUCAAGCUUAAAAAGCUUGUUCCACUUUGCCCUGAAGUCUAGGGAGAAAUUUUGUUUAAGAAUCUGGAUUGCCUUGUCUUUUGAAUUAACUUCCACUCACUCCUCCCAUCAUUUGUGCUUUCAUUACAGCCAGACCUCAUCUUUCCAUGUUGUCUGCCUCCACGGUGUUCGGUUAGACUAAAUUCAACCUGUUUGUCCCAGCGAUAAAGAGACUGUUUUCUUUUGGCUGUCUGUUGGAUUGCUCUUGGCUGCUGCUGCAGCAGCACAUUGUUGUCCUUUGGCUAAAUUGCCAGGGCAAGGGGCUGCUGUGAGAAUUGGGUGUUUUGAUGGUGAUGUGUUUUUCCCUGCAGACAUGCAAAAUGGGCUUAUCAAUUCUUUUUAUUGGCCCCCUAAGUGCGAAGUGAAUGUACAGAUGUCGGGAAUGGCGUGUUUGAGCCCCACGAUAAGCACACUAAACUGUAUCAUAAAGUUUUUAAGUAGACUAUGAUUUUAGAUGAAGCCCCCUCUGUGAAAAAGAGAUAAAUGCUAUGUGUGUGUAGAAUUUGGCUUAACCCAGAUUUAUAGUAGGUCUGACUGUUUCCUCCCAACUCCUUCUGCUUAUUUCUCAGAUACUAUUUCAACAUGCAAAGGGAUCUCGAAGCACCUUUGAGACUGAGGGAAAGCAGUUGGGAGCAUAAACUUUUGUAGACUUCUUUCCCUGAGUCUGAGAGGUGCUACAAGAUCCCUUUGCAUACAGAUCCAGAACAGGAUUUAGUGGAUGUCCUAUCCAUGGGCUGCUGGCCAGUAGGUCUUUCAAUCAGGCAACUGGGUUUGGGGGGGGGGGGGAGAUUUUUUAAAAAGGGAUUCUUAAGAGAAUGGCAAGACAUAUGAAUGGCACGAGUUAAAGUAGUCUUCUCUAGUCUGGUUCUUGGGAUGUUUGGGUCAACAGCUCCCAGCAUUUUUGACCAUUUGACCACACUCCCAAGGCUGGUGGGAUUUGAAUUCCAAAAUGGUGGCUGGAGGCGGAGGACCAGGUUGUAGAGAAACAUGUUCCCAAACACGUCUUUCCUGUUUUGGGGAGGGUGAUGGCUUGCCUUUACUCUAAAUUGAAUGACCUUAUCAGGAGAAUAAUUUUGACUGGCUGCCUUGAAAGCUAGUCAUUAAGUCAGAAGCCGAAGUUCAUUCUCUCCAUGUGUGGCCCUCCACAUAAUUUUGGGGUUGUACUUCCCAUCAUCUUUCGCUAUGGCAGCUGGGGCUGAGGGAAGUUGUAGGCCAGCGACAUCUAUGGGGACUCACUUGUCCACCUUAACUCCAUAGAGUAAAACUUUAGAUCCCAUGGAAAGGCCGCUGGGGAAAAGCACAGUAUCCUGCACUCCAGGCAUACACCUAUGUCUUCAGCAACUUUUAUUGGCAUAUCUUUCUUCAUGGGACUUUGAAUGAUAGUAUUAGGAAGCUACCGGGAAUUGUUAAAGGUCUUUGCUCCCCACUCUCCCCAAAUUGUAAUUUCUGUGCUCCUUUAAAUAUAGUACUUAAACUAUAAGGCUAGUGGCCAAGAGGCCACUGUAAAAUGGCUCCCUUUGGCCACUAAACACCUUUCUGCCUCCCUCCUUUCUUCUGCAAAAUAAAACGUAACCAAGAAGCACUUAAGAGCCUCCCUUCCUCAGUUGAUCCUGCAUUAAAAUGCAAUUAUCAGGUUUCAGUUGAAUUAGAGUAUGUGGAAAUGUAUUUGCCUUUUAAUGCUUAGACCUAUUUAUUGUCCCUUUACUUUGAAUGCUUUUUUUAAAGUAUAUAAGUGGUUUAUGGUCUUUUAUUUCUUUUGAUUGGGGUAAGGGGGACAUUUUGUCUUUUAAUUACUAUAGUAGUAGUAGUAGUAGUAGUAGUAAUGUGGGGAAAGUAUAGAAAUAAAACCUCCCCCCACCACCACCUUUGAGAAGGGAGGUAUAUGAAAUGGUGCAAAAUGAGUAUGUCAUUUGUUAGGGGUGAAUGUUAAUAAAUUCUGCCCUGUAUAAUUUAAAAGCGAAAACAAUUAAUGGAGCACAAGCAGUUCUUAAAAUGAACCUGGUUCUUCUCCUCGUGGAAAAUGCAUCCGAUAGUUCCCCUUGUAUUGGUUCUUACGGUCCGUUUUGUGUUUGUAUAUAGGAUGCUUCUGAGGAUACAUUGGUGGAGAGAAUACCUCUUAUGUAUAGGGAUCUCUUUGGAUAGCAAGCCCUGUUUCUUGGGGACUGAAAGAUGGCUUGCCACCACAAUGGAUGACAAAAAUGGUGGGCCAGAAGCAACCACCUUGUCCACCAAGAGACCCAGUUCAGGCAAGGCAUUCUCUGUGGGAAAGCAUCCCAAUGGGAACCAGGCUCCCAGGUGUUGAGUUAUUCUCUUGAAAUCCAUACAGCAGCAGCAAAACGAUGAUAAAUAAUGCUGCAUCUCUGCUGUGUUAGUGCCAUACCUUCUGCAAAAGGGGCGUUUGCAAGGCUGGGCCAUGGGAAGGCAUGCAAACCUUUGCAGAAUCUUUUAUGCCAAGACAAAAACUAGAACUGGUUGUGUGUGUGUGUGUUUUCAGUAAUAACUCUUUCACGGUCGGUAUUCACAUCUUUUUGUAUCUUCUGUUACUAAUUCAACAGCUGCUGCCAGCUCCAAACAGCUGUUUUUAUAUAACUGUGUGCAAAACUGAAUGCAACUUUAACCGUUUGGAAAGGGAUUAGAAGCAACCAGGGACUUUUAACUUUUGUGUGUGUGUGUAUGUAUAUAUACUGCCAUAUCUCUUUGACACUGCAUUUUGAUUCACUCUACGCUCAUGUUCUGCCAACCGCUCCCUUUCUCUGUUCCUCAUGUUCUGAUAUAUGACUCUUCAACUCCCCCUUUUUCCCCAGGACUACUUUAUUGCUGGAGCUUCCAACAUGUGUAUGUUCAUUGGAAACAGUCCUGCUGUGUAGUUUUCUUUUGUAAAUAGUUUUCUAAUGAAAUCUGCAUGGAUAAGACCCACGUGUCCAAAACCAGUGUACAUAUUCUAUGUAUAAAAUGCAAACUCUUUCAUAA